UCGCACAAAAGAUCUCCUGCAUUUAAGGCUAAAUACCGGUUCCACAGACUGACUGGUGUGACUGAUUGUCUGUCCUGUUGUACAGGCCUAAUGAUGAUGAUGAUAAUAACGAUAAUGAUCAUUCUUCUCUGCUGCAACAUGCCUGUGGUCUGCACUGCAUUAUUUGGCAGAAAAGUGACAUUAAUUUGUCCUUAGGGCAGAUGGUUGUGGUUUGGUUUGUCCAUGAAAAGGCUUUGGCACUGACUUUAAAACUCUGUGCAGACCUCUCUCUCUCUCUCUCUCUCUCUCUCUCUCUCUCUCUCUCUCUCUCUCUCCAUCUCUCUAUGUACUCCGCUACACUCCGCUCACUAUAUUCAGUCGCGGUUAACGGGCGUGCGGUUGCCAGGAGAGACGCGCGUGCAGUACAGUGUAGCUUUAACGGCAGAGCGGUACGGGCUCUCCCCCGCCAUUUCCUCGUGUCGAGCCCUGGAAUGUCGAGUAGCGGUUCGGGCUCUUCCUCGCGGAAGGAGUUCGAUGUGAAGCAGAUCCUCAGGAUACGAUGGAGGUGGUUCGGUCAUCCCGCGGUCCCUCCGCCUCACUCCCCGCCACUAGGAGACUACUUCGCCGGGAGGAGAACAGGCGGCAGCUCCGGGGACGGACCUUCAGUUAGCGGCUGUAGCAGCCCGAAUUCAGCGAGCGUAAAUCCCAGCGCGGCGAGUCACGGUGGUCUGGUAGCCAGUGGCAGCGCUGGGUCUAACCUGUGUAACGGCAGCGGCAGCAACAGAAAGUUUGCUGAUCCGGCAGGGAGUCGGGGCGGUCCGGUAGGAGCAGCGGUUGGAGCAACGGGGAACUCUUGUCCUCGUUCCUUCAGCCAGCCAGAGUGCAGGAGCUCCGCCGCGGCGCUGUCGUGGGUAUCCCCGCCGCCUCAUCGUCGCUCCCGACCGGUGACGAGCAUGGAGCCCACCGGCGAGGCUCCCGUUCCUCUGCUGGUACCCGAGCCCUCCGCUCAUGUCGGGUUUGAGGAUGAGGCGGCGGUGGCGGCGGCGGCUGCUGCUGCAUCGGCUGCAUCGGCAUCAGCAGCGUCGGGCACCGAGGACAACAGCAACCAUCCAGAAACAGACUCCAGCUCCUGCAGGACGUCCAACAGCAGCGCCACGCUGUCCUCAUGUGUGUCGAUGGAGCCAUGUGCGUGUCCAGAGGAGUCCAUGUUCACCGCUCUGUCCCACGCCGACGUCACCUUCCGCAAGAUGGAGGGCUACCUGAGGUCCCGACAGCUGUGUGAUGUCAUACUGGUGGUUGGAGACAGGCGGAUACCUGCACACAGACUGGUCCUCUCAUCCGUGUCGGACUACUUUGCGGCCAUGUUCACCAGUGAUGUUAGGGAGGCCAAACAGGAUGAGGUGAAGAUGGAAGGAGUAGACCCUGAUGCAUUGUGGGUCCUGGUGCAGUAUGCAUACACAGGCCGUCUCGAGUUGAGAGAAGACACCAUCGAGUCUCUGCUGUCAGCCUCUUGCCUGCUGCAGUUGUCAUCCGUAGUACAGGCCUGCUGUUCGUUCCUCAUGAAGCAGCUCCACCCCUCCAACUGUCUGGGUAUUCGCUCUUACGCCGACGCUCAGGGCUGCCAUGACCUACAGAGGGCAGCUCACGCCUACACCAUGGAACACUUUUUAGAGGUGGUGGGAGGCCAGGAGUUUCUUUUACUCCCAGUGGAGGAGAUGGAGAGGCUUCUUACGUCCGAUGACGUCAACGUGCCAGAUGAAGAAACUGUGGUAACCUCUUUAUUAACGUGGGUCAGUCAUGACACUGCUGUGCGGGAACGUCACUUACCUUUGCUGCUGGCUCACGUCCGACUACCGCUGCUGCAGCCACAGUUCUUGGCAGACCUGGAGUCCAACCCUCUUCUCCGGGACAGUAUGGAGUGCCAGCGGCUGCUGAUGGAGGGGAUGAAGUAUCACCUCUUGCCUCAGCGACGGCCCCUGCUUCAGAGUCCCCGCACCCGGCCCCGCAAGGCCACCGUUGGGGCCAUGUUUGCCGUAGGGGGCAUGGACGCUACAAAAGGUGCUACCAGCAUCGAGCAGUACUGUCUGCGUCGGGACAUGUGGCGACAGGUAGCCACCAUGAGUGGACGGAGGCUGCAGUUCGGUGUAGCUGUCCUUGAUGGCCGUCUUUAUGUGGUGGGAGGCCGAGAUGGACUCAAGACCCUUAACACUGUGGAAUGUUACAACCCACACAGCAAGACCUGGAGCGUCAUGCCUCCCAUGUCCACACACAGGCAUGGUUUAGGUGUAGCCGUCCUGGAGGGGCCCAUGUAUGCAGUAGGAGGCCAUGAUGGCUGGAGUUACCUUAGCACAGUGGAAAGGUGGGACCCCCAAGCUCGCCAGUGGAGCUUUGUUGCAAGUAUGGCUACGCCCAGAAGCACAGUAGGAGUAGCUGUACUCAAUGGCAAGUUGUAUGCAGUAGGAGGUCGGGACGGCUCGUCCUGCCUGCGCUCAGUGGAGUGUUUCGACCCCCACACCAACAGGUGGAGUGGCUGUGCUCCUAUGGCUAAAAGGCGUGGAGGUGUGGGUGUGGCCACAUGGCAUGGCUUCCUGUACGCCAUCGGAGGUCACGAUGCUCCAGCCUCAUCUCUUGCGUCUCGGCUCAGUGACUGUGUGGAGAGGUACGACCCUCAGACAGAUGUGUGGACGGCAGUCGCUCCAAUGAGCAUCAGCAGAGACGCGGUUGGUGUGUGUCUCCUUGGGGACCGUCUCUACGCUGUGGGCGGUUAUGACGGACAGGUGUAUCUCAAUACUGUUGAAGCUUACGACCCUCAGACAAACGAGUGGACACAGGUAGCACCUUUGUGUGUGGGCAGAGCAGGAGCGUGCGUGGUGGCCGUCAGACUGUGAAAACACCAACGUUCAAAGGAGGACUGUGCAUGAUGGCGCUCGGAUACCCUCCUCUCAGUCCCAACAAGAAACCAGGGAGCCCAUCUGCCUGCCAGCAUGUGACCAACUCUGGGAAGUGAGAGGCUGAUCACUGAACACACAUGGAGUUUUACACUUGACAAAGUCACAUUUUACUCUCCUUAACAACUGCCUGCAUUCAGGGUUAUGUCAUGUGUCAAGUUUCUGAUAAAGUUUUAAUAUUUGAGCAGAACUUCUGCCGCAGAAGUGAUCUGGUAACAACAGCACUGAUGAAAAGGAAUCUGCAGUGUUAAUCUGAGCAUGACAGAACAGCUGUCUUGCAGUUCCUUAUUUUUCUUGCCUAUUAUUUUGUUCCUGUAGCUACACACACACACACUCGCUCACACACACACACACACACAUAUAAACCUACAUGUCUGCUUUCAGCUUCUAUUUCUGCUGACAGAAAGGUGAGAGAGAGACAGAGAGCGGCUGUCAAGACUGUUGAAAUGCGUCAUUAUUUUACUCUCUCAGUUUUCCUAACCAUAUCUGAUGGUGUGUACUGAUGCUAUUUUAAUAUAUUCCAUAUUAAGCUGCAGUUGGGAAGCGCUCUCCUCUAGUUUUUCAUCCCCUUUCUUUCUGACAGGUGAAAGAAAGAGUUUUGACAUAAUCAGCACAGCCUUUUGAACAGCCAUGCUCUAAGAAACUGUGACGCUCUUUAUUCUUGUCAGUCAAAAACAUAUCAUUACCCUUUAUCUAAUAUUUUUGUGUUUAUGUCUUCCAUGUUGCAUCAGCACACAUCCGAAGCAUACGUGAUACUGUGAUAUACAAGUUAUUGUAGCAUUUUUACAAGCUACACUGGCAAAUUAUCCAGCUUUAUGCAUUUUCUUUUGUUUUUUAACUUUCUAAUCCUGGCAGUGGUCACAUAAUUGAGGUCCAUGGAGUGCUGUUAUUUGGUUAUAACAAGAGUGGUUGUGGCCCUUUGUUGAUCCCUGUAGGAAAAUUUUAUUUUCAAUUUCCCACAGAACACAGGGGCAGCUCUUUACAGGCGUGGGCUUAUACAGGGUCAGUUGAGCUUUUCUUUCUCCACUAUAGAUGUUCUUCUUCUGUGUGUGUGUGUGUGUCAGUGUGUGUGUGUGCACGCAUGUGCGUGCGCAAGCGCAUACACAUUUGGACGUUCAGAGAUUGCAAGGAGUAUAUUUUUAUCUCAAAUGAGAAUCUUCCUGCUUCCCCUCUCCACAUGUUCAAUUCCCUGCUGCUUUCUCUUCAUCCCCAUUUUCCCAUUUCAUCACCACACAUACACACACAUACACACACAAAAUCUCUCAUACACAGAGCGCGUGCAUGUUAGAGCAGAACUGGAUACCCAGACAAAAUGAACAACAGGCCAAAUAAUGAGACCAUGAAUUUAAUAACGUUGAUUCAGCCAUGCAACAUUUUAUUUGAUGUCGAGUUCAAAGCAUUAUUAGAUCCGAUGCUGCUGCAGACAAAGCAUCAGACAUGAGUGAAAAAUGAAACAACCUCGUGUGUUCAUGUUUGUGGGCUUGUUCUGGUAAAUGCACAUGUCAGGAAACCUCCAGAAUACAGCGCUGACUGCAGGUUUAAUACUUUGAUGCCACAAUCAUUUUAUACUGUAUACUUAAUUGUGUCUUUCUCCAGUGUUGCUUAAUCUGCUCUCUGAUGUGUGUGUGUGUGUGUGUGGGUGCAUGCGCAUAGUAUACAGAAAGCAAACUCCUGACAGUGAGAGGCAAAACAGGCAUCCUGUCUGAACUGACAGAUCUAGAGCUAAUGUAGCCCCCAGGAUGCACUUCAUAAACACACAUGGACAUAUUACAUAUUACACACACACACACACACACACACACACACACACACACUUAACCACACAGCUGAAAGUCAUGUGUCCCAGGAGUCAGGGAAGAUUGAAAAGUCUCCCAUAUUUGCCUGCAUGACAUCCAAAAAGCAGAGACUUGCAGGCUAGCAAUUCCCUGCAGCCGAGCUGUUGUUUAUUUAAGCCUAAUGCACUGCUGCAUUAUUCUAUUUUCUUCCCCUUCAAACCUGCCUGCUGUUUAUUUAGGGAGUAAUUCUCUUUAGAUCAGAGCAGAAGAAGUGUGUCACCUCCUCUGUGUAGAUGCCGUCACAGAGUUUGAUUUCUGUCAGAGGUUAAAAAUAAAGAUUGACAUUCCAAACCGAUCUAUAUAUUGAGUGUAUAUUCUGUACAGAAAUAAAUAUAAAAUCUAUGUAGUCUUAUUGCAUUAUGCUGUAUAUAAUACAGUGCACAUUAAUAUGCCAUGUGUUUUUGUGUGUUUCUUUUUGUACCAUGAAUUCCAUGAUAAAUAGUACAGCUGAUCAUCUCCUCUUUUUGUACCAGAAUAACACCUCGUCUUUUACAAUAUAAAUUAUCUCUGUACAAUAUAUAUAUAUAUAUAUGCUGCUCUAAUAUGCCGUUAUUGGUCUUUUAUACAUUAAAGUCCAGAUGUGAU